CAAUUAGCGAUUUGCUUGGCCGUGAUUGCGGCGUUUCUCGCGGAUUGGCCGUAUAUCUGGCCACGGGGGUGUUUGUUGUCGUCUUCGGGGUCUGUACGAGGGGUUGAGAGGCGAACAGCCGCAGUGCAGCAGCGGUGUCGGGUCCGCGGACGAGCCUCGCUGUACUCAAAUGUUAUAAACGUGGGAAGCGUCUCCCCCCCACCGGCAGUGUUCAACGUGCAGUUCCCUGUUGUUUUGGCCGAUGCUUGCUGCGCUACAGCAUGACCACAGCAGUGUCGGCUCAUCUGGUAGUUCUGGCAAAUGAAAAUGGAGGAGGUUUCAAUGUCCAGCCUGGACAACAGCAAGCUGGAGGGCCUAGCUCAGGACAUCCUGUCUGACCUGGUGGAGGAUGCAUGCCUGGGUCUUUGCUUCGAGGUCCACCGGGCCGUCAAGCAGGGCUAUUUUUUCCUGGAUGACACGGACCAAGAAAGCAUGAGGGACUUUGAAAUUGUGGACCAGCCGGGUUUGGAUGUGUUUGGCCAGGUGUACAACCAGUGGAAAAACAAGGAGUGUGUGUGUCCCAACUGCAGCCGAAGCAUUGCUGCGUCACGCUUUGCCCCUCACCUGGAGAAAUGCCUGGGGAUGGGACGCAACAGCAGCCGCAUAGCCAACCGCAGAAUAGUCACCGGUAACAACACCAACAACAAAUCGGAGAGUGACCAAGAGGAUAACGACGAUGUCAAUGAUAAUGACUGGUCUUACGGUGCAGAAAAGAAAGCCAAGAAAAGGAAAUCUGAUAAGAAUCCAAACUCGCCCAGAAGAUCCAAAUCAUUCAAGCAUAAGAACAGGGCACUGUCACAGCAUCCUGGGCUUUGCGCCGCCCAAGAUGAUUGUGAUUGGUUCAAAGACAUACAAGCAAGCCAGAGCAUUUCUGUGCAACCUGAUCUUUCUGUCGAGACGGGUCAGGCUGUGCAAGACUACCCAACCUCUCACCCUACCCAACAGUUGCCACAAAAAAAGAGAAAAACUACUGUAAACACUUGAUGGUGCAACAUGGCGGACUCUGUGAAAGAGGACCCGCUCUCUACAUGAUGGGUCCCAGACGUCGCAUGGACAACCAGGAAAGCCCGCGCAUGCUGAUGAAAGACGAGGCAUUCCCUCAAUAACACACUCGGCCACAAACACACAUUCUCCUCCAUCCUGUGUGCACGCACGCACAGAUAGGCCCACACACACACGGGAAGACCAAUAACACUUCACCCCCUGGUUGUUUAUGUUGUGAAAUCGAUGGACAUCGAUGUUAUAGGUGACAUUUAUGGCGUUUUGCUGCUCCGCAGAAGCAGUCCAGACCUCCCACUGUAUACUUGACAGUUUUUCUUUUUUUUUCUUUCACAAAAUCAUCGUACCAACACUCAUUUUAUUUUCCUUUUUUGUGUGAUUAAUUUUGUUUCAGAAGGGUUUUUUUUUUUUUUUUUUUGCUGGAGUCCAAAAUAAUGAAUAUCACCGUAUACGAUUUCACUGCACAGAGUUAGAUUCUGGCUGAGCAGAGGCAGCUGUGUGAGGAGUGACAGUGUGCACGUACAGUAUGUUGUUUCUUUAAAAUCCAGAAAUGAUUAGCCAUUAGGUGUACUUAUAUUUCCUCGCCUUUUGAAAUCUCGUUCUUUGAAAAAAAAAAACAAUAAUGUCAAAGACAAUCAUUACUAAUGGUUUGUCUUUUUAUUUUCACAUUCACUGUCAGGCUCAGUUCUUCAGUUGAAUUACAAUAAGUGUGUGUGUGUGUGUGUGUGUGUGUGUGUGUGUGUGUGUGUGUGUGUGUGUGUGUGUGUGUGUGUGUGUGUGUGUGUGUGUGUGUGUGUGUGUGAGAGAGAGAUAGAGAGAGAGAGAGAAGUUUGUCAUUCACCUGUGGAAACUUGUUUUAAAAAUGUUCAGUCAAUUGUACAAGCAGGUAUUUGCUGCAGAAAGCAGGUUUGUUUUGUUUCAUUUUUGGUGGAUAUAUCGGCUUGUUUUCUAGCAUUCAAAAAUGUCUUUGUAUCAUGUGUUUACAUUGUAAAAGGGUUACAUAUAUCCUUGGUGUGAAGUGAUAGUGUAAAUAUUCCAAUAGUUGAAUUGCUGCUAUCAUGGCUCAGUUUGUUUCAUCUGUCUAGCAUAAUAAAUGAUUUGUUACCUGUC